GCCGCGUGAGGUGGAAGAGAGUCGUUAAGGCGUGCUGGGAGAAGGUCGGAGAGAGCGUCCCAGAGCUCGAAACAGCACGGUCACUGCCGCCCAUGGCAACAGUUUCGGACGCGGCACGAAUCCCGCAAGACCAGAGGCAAGGCCAAGUGGCCAAUCCUCCCAUCCCUCAGCAAGAUCGUCUGCAGGUAGAAGACCUGCACUUGUAGGAUUGGAGCCCAAUGUCACCGAUGCAACUGGCACAAUUGCAGCGCGCCCUCGCUGUGCAAGUUCGCCGAAGGGAGUGCAUAUCCAACGCUUGUUGUGACCUAGCGAUAGAUUUGUCGGCUAUCGGUCACAGGAGCGCGGCCAACGUCGUACAAAUGAUGUUCGUCAUCCUUCUCUUCGUCAUCCUUAUCUUCCUGACUGCGGUCAUCGGGGACCGCUACCUUCAAAACAGCAGCGUCAGGUGUCCAGGCCUCGAUCGCGCUCUGAUCCUCCUCGACAAGGCUUCCAACAAGCCCAAAUCAAACCAAUCUUCGACCACAUCCGGCCGCAUUCGAUUUGUGGCGUCCGCGUGGAGAGCGAGAUGCCGGCGCGACACUUGGCUAGCCCGUCAGCGGUUGAUAGCCCGGAUCCUGGGCAAGCACAAGCUGUACCGAGGUCAAGACAGAGUGUUCCUUCUAGCCCUACCGCUACUACUACUUUCUCGCCGAUUCUCGCCGCCCCUGUUGCGCAGGUACGGCUCCGCACCUUCAUCCACACGGACGGGACUUACGGUGUGGGAAUACCCUGCAAUCUAUUGCGGAUGCCAUGGCGCAACGCCAUCAUGAUACCGACCUGUAUCUGCCAGUUUUUGUUGGCCUGUUCCGACCUCAGCCAAGGCAGACAAACCCAAGUAGAGGAGUGAUGGCGAGAAAGAAGUGUAAUCUGGGGUCUGCUGCCGUCAGAAGAAAGGGAGUUGGCAAGUCGAUAGAAUGAAGGAAGGAGUGGGUGAGCGGCGGUACCGUAUCAUCGCUGCCGCACUCUCAUGUCGGCAUCUACGAAUCCACUUCCGCUGUCGCAUUUUGAGAUGCGAGAUUAGCUGGACUGAUCCGGGACACAUCGCCUCC